ACGGAUUCUCGCAACUUUGGGAUGUUCCAGCGGGGUGAGGCGGAGAUUCCGGACUGACACAUCCCUUGAACACGAUUAACCGACAAGCCGCUCACAAUUUUCUUAAAUCCAAGACAGUUAAUGUUGCCAUGCCACGCUACUAUUGCGACUACUGUGACGCACAUCUUACGCAUGACUCGCCUUCCGUCCGAAAGCAACAUAAUUCGGGUUACAAACAUAAGGGCAAAUGUUCGUAACUAUUACAUGCAAUUCGAAGAACAGACGACGCAGUCAUUACUAGCUAGGCAUGUGCAAGAAAAAGCAACACUUCAGCAGCAAAGUGAUUCAUACAUGGCCUACCAUUCUAAGGUAAACGAGACUUUCAAAAAACAGAUCGAACAAUAUACGGCGGGUCUCUGAUUCUCACGAAACAGAAUCGAUGACUUCAUGUCUUCCGCAACAUAAGACAACAUCGGAAUUAAUUUCAAAAGUAUUUACAUC